CUCCUCACUCACUCGCUCACACUUCGCCUUCUUUCCCCAUCCCCAGGCGGCGGCGGCCCCCUCGUUCCCACUCUCGCUCUCACAGGACAGCAUCCAGAGUUCCAGACCUAUAGCGGAGAGACGCUAGAGCGAGCGAGAGAUGGGGGGGACGAGGAGCUGGAGCUCUCUGCUGGUGCACAUUCUGGUGAUCGCCCUCUGCCUCACCGCCUUCGGCUUCGCCAUCGCCGCCGAGCGCCGCCGCAGCACGGGUUCGAUAGUCACGGACAUCAACAACUCCACAUAUUGCACUUACGACUCCGACAUUUCUACUGGCUAUGGUGUCGGUGCCUUCCUGUUUCUCCUCUCGGGCCAGUCACUCCUUAUGGGAGUUACAAAGUGCAUGUGCUUUGGCCAACCCCUCGCGCCCGGUGGAAGCAGAGCCUGGUCCAUCAUAUACUUUGUAUCUUCAUGGAUCACGUUCAUAAUCGCCGAGUCCUGCCUGAUCGCCGGAGCGACGAAGAAUGCGUAUCACACCAAGUACAGGCACAUGAUAUACGCGGGGAGCUGGACCUGCGACUCUCUGCGGAAAGGGGUGUUCAUCUCGGGGGCGGUCUUCGUGGUGCUCACCAUGACCCUGAACGUGUACUUCUACAUGUACUACACGAAGUCGACGAGCCAGGCCGCCAAAAAGGCCAACAAGCCCACCGCCAACGUCGGCAUGGCUGGCUACGCAUGAUGAGGGCGGAGAAGCCUGGUUUGAUGGAACUUUCUUGUGGUGUGCUGCGUGUGGCUUUGUGGUGCUGGAUUUAGAUAGGUAUUCUGGAACAGAACCUAGUUUCUGGAAAAUGUAGCGUGUGGUAUGGCUCUAUAUACGAUCAGAUGUGCUUGUUCGGGGGGCUG